AUGUCCUCCGCCGCGAGGCCCAAGGGCUCUGUCUUCUGGCUCUCCUACACCUCCGUCGUCGUCUGCAACUUCCUCAGCGCUCUCGAUGUCACCGCCGUAUCCACUGCGCUUCCGACGAUCACAAAAGACCUCAACGGAGGCGAGGAGUUCGUCUGGGUCGGUGCUGCCUACAACCUUGCUGCGGCCGCCAUCCUCCCCUUCACCGGCCAGCUCGCCGACAUCAUCGGCCGCCGUCCAAUCAUGCUCGCCUGCGUCGGCUUUUUCUUUCUCGGCAGUCUCCUCUGCGCCACCGCUCAAAACAUGCACUGGCUCAUCGCUGCACGAACGGUGCAGGGUAUUGGCGGCGGAGGGAUCAUCAAUCUGGCCUCGAUCAUCACCUCGGAUUUAGUCCCUUUAGCCGAGCGUGGUCUUUACCAAGGUCUGCUCGUGCUCACCUGGGCAUUUGCGGCUGGCGUCGGGCCCGUCAUUGGUGGUUCGUUUGCGCAGAAGGUUACGUGGAGGUGGCUGUUCUAUCUGAACCUCCCCCUGGCCGGUAUCGCGUUCUUCCUUGCCAUGAUAUUCCUCCGCGUCCGAACUCCAGAGGGUAGUUUGCGCGAGAAAAUAUCGCGCAUUGACUUUGUGGGCAACUUCAUCAUCAUCGCCGGCACGACGCUCGCGUUGGUCGCGCUCACAUGGGGAGGAAUCCGUUAUCCCUGGAGCUCUGCACACGUCCUCGCGCCACUCAUCCUCGGUUUUCUCCUUAUCUUCCUUUUCUUUGUUUACGAGGCGUUCUUCGCGAAGCAUCCAGCGCUGCCCCUCGACAUCCUCGCGAACCGCACCAGUCUCGCGGGUUACAUUGGCACCUUUUUCCACGGGAUUGCCAGCAUCGCUCUCAUCUAUUACCUACCCGUCUACUUCCAGGCCUGCAAGGACGCCUCGCCUAUCCGAUCUUCGGUCGACAUCUUCCCCACCGCGUUCAUCCUGUCGCCCUUCGCGAUCGUCUUCGGGGUGCUCGUGAGGGUCAUGAAGAAGUACCGGCCCGCGAACGUGAUCGGUUGGGCCUUCCUGCUCAUCGGCUUCGGCCUGCUCACGCUCCUCAAAGCGGACUCGUCCACGGGCGAGUGGGUCGGCUUCCAGAUCAUCACGGCCGUCGGCCUGGGUGUGAUCUGGGCGACGACCGUGUACCCCAUCCUCGCGCCCCUGCCCGUGGCGCGCUCUGCCUCCGCGCUCGCGUUCUACAACUUCGCGCGCACGUUCGCGCAGACGUGGGGCGUCGCGAUCUCCGCCUCCGUGCUCCAGAACGAGCUCAAGGCCAACCUGCCCGCGGACUUCCUCCGGGCGUUCCCCGCCGGGGUCGAGAUCGCGUACGCCGCGAUCCCGGCGAUCGCGACGCUCCCGCAGCCGCUUCGCGACGAGGUCCGGGCGGCGUUCGCGACGAGCAUGGCGAGCGUGUGGAAGGCGAUGCUCGGGUUCUGCGCGGCGGGCGCGCUCAGCGUCGCGCUCAUGCGCGAGGUGCCGAUGCAGAGCCACACCGACGACGCGUACGGGCUCGACGAGGGCGGGAAGGCGGGCGAAGGGGCGCGGGACUCAGAGGAGCCGGACGAGAAGCGGGCGGCGGAGCUGAGCGAAGAGGCAGUGUAG